AUGACACCCGUAUACUUUACCUUUACCUCAGCAUUUACCCUCGGGCUAACAGGCCUGGCAUUCCACCGCAAUCACUUAAUAUCAGCAUUACUCUGCUUAGAAGGAAUAAUAUUAUCCUUAUUCCUAGCCCUAGCCCUUUGAAUACUACAACUAGAAGCUACCGCCUUCUCCGCCGCACCCAUUUUACUACUAGCUUUUUCAGCCUGCGAAGCUAGCGCAGGUCUAGCAUUACUAGUUGCUACAGCCCGAACCCACGGAACAGACCGCCUACAAGCCCUAAAUCUACUACAAUGCUAA